AUGGGUAUGAUGCAUAAUGUCACGUCAAGGUUUAACUCAUCAUUUUUCUUUGGGGUUACUGUUAUUGGCAUUUUAGCUGCUAUAAACUUUGCGACAUCAUUUGCAGUAGAUCAUAGUUUUUCUGCUUCAAUUUCUAAUGUUAACGUGACAAAAUUCAUAAAAAAUUCAAGAUAUAACUGGGAUGAAGCAGAAUUGACCUUCAAUUUGAAUGGGAAUUUUUCUGAUAUUUUUAAUUGGAAUGUAAAGCUAGCAUUUUUUUAUGUGGAGCUGGAGUAUAAUGCUUUAGAAAGGAACCAAAUCACAUUGUGGGAUAAAAUCAUAUGGAGAAAUCAGAAUACACCGAUUAACUUGAAUAUGAUAAAGGAAAAAGGAAAAUACGCUGUGAGGACGAAGAAACAUAACUUGAAAGGCGCAACGGGAACUGUGAAAUUGAAGAUUGAAGUGACUCCAAUAGUGGGGCUUAUAUACAAAUUGGAAAGCACACCAGCUUUUGUGAGGUUCCCUAAUGAUUAUUCUUAA